GGUUGCUCUCUCUGCUCCAUCCGUCCAUUCAGCCCCCACAGUCAGCAAAACACACGUCAGAGCGCAGGUCCAUGGCAAACAAAUCCUGCAGAGCUCCGCGUAAGUGUUGAUGCGUGUGUGUGUCAGAGUGUCAGGAGGAGAGAGAGGGAGAGAGACAGCAUGGACUAGCUGUUUCUGAACCACUGCAGGAGCAUUAAAUCUGGGACUGUCACAGAUACUGAAGGAGAGAGAGAAGACAUUUAAAGAAGGAUGUUAUCUAGCAGCACAGUUAUGGAGACUCAUCUCUGCUGUCCACCAGCAGAUCAAACUAGAAGCAAAGGACAGAAAAGUCAGCCGCCGUAUUGACUUUAAUCUUCUGGUGGAAGAAGGAGCUUAUAUUCCCAGACAGUUUGCUUUUAGAAGAGUCAGUUAAGAGCAAGACCAGUAAAGGCUCCAAAAAGGGGAGUCCCAGCAGCUCAUCCAAGCUGCCCCCUGUGUGCUAUGAGAUCAUCACCUUGAAAACCAAGAAGAAGAAGAAGAUGGCAGCGGAGAUCUUUCCCACUAAGAAGCCAGUGUCGGUCGCCACUGUGCAGCAGUACCAGCAGCAGAACUUGAACAACAACAACACCAUCCAAUGCUGCAACUGGCAGGGUCUGUACUCCACGAUCAGGGAGAGAAAUGCUGUGAUGUUUAAUAACGAACUGAUGGCUGACAUUCGCUUUGUCGUCGGUCAGUCCGGAGGAACUCAGAGGCUCCCGGGACACAAGUAUGUCCUUGCUGUGGGAAGCUCGGUUUUCCAUGCCAUGUUCUAUGGAGAGUUGGCAGAGGACAAGGAUGAGAUCCGUAUCCCUGAUGUGGAACCUCCAGCCUUUCUGGCUAUGCUGAAGUACAUUUACUGUGAUGAAAUUGACUUGAGUGCUGACACCGUACUGGCAACAUUAUAUGCAGCCAAAAAGUACAUAGUCCCGCACCUGGCUCGGGCUUGUGUCAACUUCUUGGAAACAAGUUUGAGUGCGAAGAAUGCAUGUAUUCUUCUAUCUCAGAGCUGUCUGUUUGAAGAGCCAGACCUAACGCAACGCUGCUGGGAAGUCAUUGACGCUCAGGCUGAGCUGGCACUUAAAUCCGAGGGCUUUUGUGACAUUGACGCGCAGACCUUGGAGUGCAUCCUCAGACGGGAGACUCUGAACGCUAAGGAGAUUGUAGUGUUUGAAGCAGCACUAAGCUGGGCAGAGGCUGAAUGUCAGCGGAGGGAAAUGCACACAACUAUCGAGAACAAACGCAAGGUACUGGGCCAAGCCGUCUAUCUGAUCCGUAUCCCAACCAUGGGUCUUGAUGAUUUCGCGAACGGGGCUGCGCAAUCAGGAGUGUUAACACUAAACGAGACCAAUGACAUUUUCUUAUGGUACACGGCAGCUAAGAAACCUGAGCUGCAAUUCGUCUGCCAACCUCGUAAAGGAUUGACGCCACAGAAGUGUCAUCGCUUCCAGUCAUGCGCCUACCGCAGCAACCAGUGGCGUUAUCGCGGACGCUGUGACAGCAUUCAGUUUGCUGUUGAUAAACGAGUGUUUAUCGCUGGUUUCGGGCUCUAUGGCUCGAGCUGUGGAUCUGCUGAGUAUACCGCUAAGAUCGAGCUCAAACGGCAAGGAGUUGUCCUGGGAACCAAUCUUAGCAAGUACUUUUCAGAUGGGUCCAGCAACACCUUCCCAGUUUGGUUCGAGUAUCCGGUUCAGAUUGAGCCUGACACUUUCUAUACGGCCAGUGUGGUUCUUGAUGGAAAUGAGCUGAGCUAUUUUGGACAAGAGGGUAUGACGGAAGUUCAGUGUGGGAAGGUGACCUUCCAGUUUCAAUGCUCUUCUGACAGUACCAAUGGCACAGGAGUGCAAGGCGGCCAAAUUCCAGAGCUCAUUUUCUAUGCCUAAGUUUUUCUUGGGGGGAAAAAAAUAACUGCCCAACUUACCAGUUUGAAAUAGAUUUACAUUACGUACAAUAUCUGUUUUUGUAUUACAUGGCAGAAUUCAACUUAUCCAAUGCUCAAGCAAACAGAGGCCUAAUAAGCAUUUCAAGAGCCUUGUUUUGAGCUCUUAGUAGUUGUUAGUAGUAGCCUGACAAAGUGUGAACAAAUACACUGUAUUUCCUCCUUGUCUUAAAAGUGAAGUAAAUAUUUUAUUUUGUGCUCUGCAUAAAGCUGCACCUGUUUACAAAGGAAAAACUCAUUUUAAUGGGAUGGAAGUGGUUGUCUAAGCUCCUAAUUAGGUACCACAGCCUCUUUAUCAUAAUUGAUUUAAAAGAGUUUAGAUUCAUUUAAUUUGAGAGGGGACAUUGUAUAUUGUAUAGUAUAUAUUUAAAUGUGUGAACUGAAUUAUACAUAUAUGUAAAUAUAUCAUAUUAUCAUGGCUCUAUCUGCUGUUUACAAUGACUAUGCCAUGUUAGUGAAUGCUUGCACAUGUAUAUUGUAGCAAUAGUGAACAAAAUAUCCAAACUCAUCAUAACAGUCUAACUUCAGUAUUUCUUCAGUAUCACAAUUCAAGGCAAUCAAGAUACUGUACCUAACACCAAAGUUAAUGUCACCAUAACAUACUUUUUGAUUAAACGUUAUUAUCAAGCACAGAACAUCUUAGACACAGGAUUUUUUUUUUUUUUUUAAAUAAUCACAUCAUUUAGAUUAAGAAACAUUCAUCCAUUCUUUGCAUCAAUCAUAAUGAGGAAUUUAAACAAUGUUUUGAGCGUAAACAUAUGUAGAGUUUGCACUGGAACAAACACUUUUCAUUUCAGAGUCUUUGACUCUGCUGUAGACCUUAAAAAGAUAGAUGCCAUAUUUAAUGUUUCGUAAAUGAAAACAAGGCUGUGAGGGAAAGAUGUACAGGUCGAUGUGUUAAAUGGAUUUUUAAAUAAAUGACUUUGACAAAAAACUUGUUUAAUUAGACCUGAUAUAGGACCUUAAGACAAUACAUGCUAUUGGACUGUACAACUGUCCCAAACAGUUUUCAUUUUUGGAGGAUUAAAUGUACAAAUGUACAAUGCUUCAUAUUGUAUUAUAUUCAGCAGAAUGACCAUCCUAUUUAUCUUACAUUAAAAUGUCUUUCCUCUAA